AUGAACCCAAAUAUCAAGUAUGUGGUGAUUAUGCCGAUCAUCCUGGUCUUCACCAGUCUGGCGAUUGCUCUGGACAUCAGCGUAUGUGGCUCCCUCUUCGCGCAGAGUUGUCAGAAGAGCGAGGUUUACAAGCAGAUGGCAGCACUAAUAGCCACUGCAUUGGCCCUCUUCAUUAUCGGCACGGUGUUCGCCUUCAUUUCCAUUUUCAAAGGCAAGAGUUGGAUUUGUAUCAGCGAAUUCAUCAUAGUCGCCGCGGGUGCCACGCUAAUGCUCAUUGCGCUGUGCAUCUACUACCAGGGAAAACACUUCUGGGCACCACUAGUGGGAGGCAUCGCUAUGACACUGGGAUUGGAGACUUCUGUCUUUAUCCUCAUUGACAUCUUAUCCUAG